AUGAGAGGUGAAGCUAUCAGUAGUCAGUACUUGACCGCUCUUCUCAUGGCAGCUCCUUUAGCUCUUGGAGACGUGGAGAUUGAGAUCAUUGAUAAAAUGAUUUCUGUUCCAUAUGUUGAAAUGACAUUGAAGGUGAUGGAACGUUUUGGUGUUAGUGCCGAGCAUAGUGAUAGCUGUGAUCGUACUUUGUCACGAGACGGUCAGAAAUACAAGUCGCCUGGUAAUGCUAAUGUAGAAGGUGAAGGUGAUGCGUCUAGUGCUAAUUAUUUUCUUGCUGGUGCUAACAUUACUGGUGAAACUGUCAUUGUUGAAGGUUGUGGAACAGCCAGCCUGCAGAGAGAUGUGAAGUUUGCUGAGUUUCUUGAGAAAAUGGGAUGUAAAGUGUCCUGGACAGAGAACAGUCUUAUUGACCAUCUAGAGAUGCUUUAG